AUGUACUGUGUGCAGAUUCUCAUUUUCUUGGUGCUAACGUUCUACAUGUUUCCGCUGCUCUUGUUUGAGAGUGAUUGUCAAGCCGUUGCCGAAAGCUUGGUUGUGGGCGUACUAGCAUACAUAACAGCGUACUACCCCGUGCUGGAAAGACACACCUAUCUUACCUGCUUUGUUGGUCUCUAUGCGGUCGUUGCCAGCAUGAAAAUGAUCCUUUCGAAUGCCUCCAUCACCAACGGAAUGAGGCACAUGCUGCUUCAGAACUGUGCUUAUGCAAUCCUCCGCCGCUCGCUCGUCUACGUGCUUGAGUCGCGGCUUGUGAUCCCUUAUCUCCAGCACGGUCAAGCAGCCUUGCAAGGCUCAGGAAAACUCAUCGGGUGUGAGCAAAUGAAGAACUUUUCAAUAAACUCCUCUUUCUUUGUCGCUGCCGGAUCGAGCUUGAGAUGGAUAGCAGGAUGGCGCACAAAAUUGUAG